CUCUGCUAGCAGCAGCGGCUUCUGGUUGCUUGUCCAAAUGCAACAUUGGAGUAGUAGGGAACGGGGGCUGCGGAACAGCUCGCCACUGGCUCCCAUAAGAACAGCGGCCGGGAAACCGGGGGUUGCAGGCAGCAGCCGCUGCUAAGCACAGGUGAGAGCUGCGUGAUUCUUGAAACAUCAGUGGAAGAAAUUUUCAGUGUAGCACAUGAUAAGCUCACAGUAUAAGCCUCUCUGGGGGUCUCUGUUGCUUUAAAUGAGAGCCUUCAUUGCCACAUGAUGCAAGGUGAGAGAUUUCCUUUUUGAGAAAGCGGUUGGCUGUGCUCAUAGCUCUUGAGAAGCCAGACUGUCUUGCAAGGAGUACGAUGGGCUGCUGGAGAAGGUGAGAAGACCAGCAACAAGACAUUAACCAACCCCUCUUAAUUGCCUGGAAUUUGAAGGUUUCCUUCUGGAGGAAAGAACAGAUGACUUCAAGUUCUACCUUUCAAGUUUCUUACCCUCCAAAGUAGAUAAAGCAGCAACUGGCUAGAAAACCGAAUUUAGAGCUUUAUCGUGUUUUUUUUUUAAAGCUAGGAUCCAAAUUUAUGCCAGACUGUUUUUAAAGAUUAUAAUUUACAUUGUGCCUUUCUGGGGAAAAAUAAUCUCUCUUCCAUCUUCUCUAAAGAACUGUUGAACUAUAUAUUCUUUGCAGUUGCUGUUAUUAAAAGAAAUAUAACCAAACAAACCUGGACCUGAAGCUGAGAGGACACAAAUUUGGAAAGAUGCUGCCACAGGAAGUUAUGAACCAAAGAAGUUGUUAAUAAAUUGUAGAUUGUGUCUGAAAGAUCUUUGCCUUAAGUGAAAACUGCAGGCAAGGCAAACCAGUGUGGAUUAGAUUUUGUUGGAAUCUGUUGCAGAUCCUCUGUCUCUGUGGCCGGCACCUCCAGUUCUGGAUUGUGCUUGAUGGGGGUUUUUGCUAAGGUAGCAGACCUUGCAGCUAAAAACAGAACUGUGGGUUUGUGGGGGUUGACAUUUAUAUGCCGAAAGGUGUAUUGGCUGAACCCACAAGCAAAAAAAAAGUUCUUUAUCAAUUGUCUUCUGUAGUACUUCAGAAGUUGGGGAGGCCUUCAUAAUCUAGCAACAUGACAUCCAAGCAGGAACAAAAAGAAGUUCAUCACACCAAUGGAUCGAUACUACCCAUUGUUUCUGGGCCUAUAGACUGUCUCUCCAGCCCUGACAGAGAACAUCUAGUUGAAUCUUCAGACUUUUUGGGACCUGAAGCAGUUGGAGUGGAGGUAGUGGUGAUAGAAUCUCGAGCCAAUGCCAAAGGGGUUCGCGAGGAGGAUGCCCUGCUGGAGAAUGGCAGUCAGACUACUGAGAGUGAUGACACCAGUACGGACCGGGGCCCAGAACCAAGCUCUCCUCUCAAAGAGACAUCCUUUUCCAUUGGGCUGCAAGUCAUCUUUCCUUUCCUGCUGGCAGGGUUUGGCACAGUAGCUGCUGGGAUGGUGUUGGACAUGGUGCAGCACUGGGAUGUCUUCAAGUAUGUGGGUGAAGUAUUCAUCCUGGUUCCAGCCCUCCUGGGACUGAAGGGAAAUUUGGAGAUGACACUAGCAUCUCGUCUUUCUACUGCUGCUAAUAUUGGGCAAAUGGACACCCCCGAAGAACUCUGGAGGAUGAUAACAGGCAACAUGGCUCUGAUACAGGUUCAAGCAACAGUGGUUGGUUUUCUGGCAUCAAUUGCUGCAGUGGUAUUUGGCUGGAUCCCAGAUGGACACUUCAGCAUUGGCCAUGCCAUUCUUCUCUGUGCCAGUAGUGUGGCCACAGCCUUCAUAGCUUCCCUUGUGCUAGGCAUGAUCAUGAUUGGCGUAAUCAUCGGCUCUAGAAAGAUGGGCAUUAACCCUGACAAUGUGGCUACGCCUAUUGCUGCAAGUUUGGGUGAUCUCAUCACUUUAGCUUUGCUUUCUGGCAUCAGUUGGGGCCUCUACAUAGAACUGGAGGACAAACCUUAUGUGAAUCCUCUGGUGUUUGCUUUCUUUGUCGCUCUGCUGCCCCUUUGGAUCAUCAUCGCCAAAAAAAAUCCAGCUACCCGGGAGGUUCUGUAUUCGGGCUGGGAGCCAGUCAUCAUUGCUAUGGCUAUUAGCAGUGUUGGAGGUUUAAUCUUGGGUAAAACUGUGUCGGAUCCAAAUUUUGUGGGGAUGGCAGUCUUCACACCUGUUAUCAAUGGUGUUGGUGGCAAUCUAGUGGCUGUCCAGGCUAGCCGCAUCUCCACAUACCUCCACAUGAGUGGGAUGCCUGGAGAGACCUCAGAGAUGGCUCCGCGCAAGUGUCCGAGCCCUUGCAGGACUUUCUUCAGUUCAGAUGUGAACUCCCAGUCUGCUCGGGUGCUUUUUCUCCUGGUGGUUCCCGGACACUUGGUUUUCCUUUACACCAUCAGCUCCAUGCAGGGUGGCCACACAACACUCACCUUAAUCUUUAUAGUUUUCUACAUGACAGCAGCACUUCUCCAGGUUUUCAUCCUUCUCUACAUUGCUGACUGGAUGGUCCACUGGAUGUGGGGCAGAGGCCUGGAUCCGGACAACUUUUCAAUUCCUUACUUGACAGCGCUGGGUGACUUGCUUGGGACAGGUUUUUUGGCCCUCAGCUUCCAUAUCCUCUGGCUCAUUGGAGACCGGGACACAGAUGUGGGAGAUUAGAAGCACCCUUCCUUGACUUCCCCCCCACUCCCUAGCUCUUCUCCUUCAGUGACAUUCUCCCAUCUCCACCCCUCACCCUUCCAGGCCUUGCUGCCACCCUUUGUCUCUCUUUGGGACUUCAACUUUGAUACUGGAUUCUCAUUAUUUUCAAUGGGAAUUUUAUGUGGUUUAUAUUUCAAGCCAAGUUUGUACAGGACAAAUAGUUUUAAGAAGGGCAAAACAAAAAAGUGUAAAGACAAUCACCAAGUGCAAUUUCAUAAUUAAUGUCUAAACUAGUAGAAUAUAGUAGAAAAUGGAUCAACAAUUCAGAUUUUAAAGAAACCCCACUUCCCUCAUUUUGCACCCACAUGAGACACUAGAAGUAAACAGUCACUUUUUUUGUCGAUGUUCUUUUAAAUGUUUGAGAUGCAAUUCAGGUUUAUUUUGUUAUUAAGCUGGGGCAAGAGUUCUUCACCUUACAGCAGUGUUCUGAAAACUGAUUAAGCGGUUUGUGGUUAUUACAUACUUACUGCAUUUCAACUGUCGCUUGUUUGCACUAAUAUUCUCUCAUUUGGCCAUAAGCCCCAAUCUUCAUGGCUGUGAAAUCUGGCUAUUUGCUGUCGGUGGAUAGCAGAACUGGAGUUUGCUGUAGUGUAUUAUAUCAUUCCCCUUGUUGAUGAAUAAGAACUUGAAUGGAGAUUGAGUUAACCUGCAAUAUGUCUCCCUACUACCAGCCAUUCCAAAUCUGCUAAUAAGACCAUGAAAGCUCAGCUCUAGAAUACUUAUUUAUCCAAUAUCCAACUCUUCAAAACUGGUCAUUGUUCAUGACAAUCAUAGAUUUUCUAAUCAAACAGCAGCCUCCUGAGAAGGCUGAGGUCAUGUCAUUUUCCAUGGUAUCAUGCCAUUACUCAGUGGAAAACAUUAAACAUAAGCAGAUUGGGUACAGUUUACCUCCAACUGCCCAUUUCAAUUUUUAAAGGUUAGAUUUUCACUAGUUUACACAGCAAAUUAUGUAUCCCAGAUGCUUACUCAUCUGCUGCUUUUUUGAACUGUAGCCUCCUUGGCUGCAUUGUAUAUGGUCCACAUGAUGUGCAUAGCCAUGAGCUAAUUGGAUUGGAAUACUGUUGGUAUCUUGGAUGCCUGGUAGUCAGAGAAGUCUAAAUUUCUGGUGCUGUACCAUGCUUGUACUGAACUGAAGAUUCUUUGCAUGUACUAACAUAUAGGGAACUUGGUACAAGAUUACUGCGUCUGUAUAAAACUCCAUACAUUAGAUCUUUGGCUUCGCUCUAAUCUAUCAUUACUUCCAGUAUAUCAUAGGGCAGUUGUUUUGUAGCAAAAGCCUUCAUACACAUUCAUGGUUGAAAGCUCUUCACUCGUGAGGUAAGGAUUUGUAUACAUUAGGUCAAUGUUAUGGGUUUCUACCUACAGUGCCCUGCGAAAUAUACACAUCCCCUUUUCUGAGAAAUCACUUCGUAAAUACUAACAUUUACUGGCCAUGUUUCUUGCCUUUGCACUAUGCCAUCUUUCUUUCUUUUUUACGUUAACAUGUUAUAGUACAUCUGAGAGACAUUUGGAUCUCAUAUAGUGUUUGAUCUAUUUUAUGUCUGUAUAAGUACAUUUGACUUAUUGGGUAUCUGGCCAAAAACUGACACAAUACUUGUGGGAUGCUUUAUUGGGGAAAUGUCAUCUUCAGUUGGUCUGAAUAGUGGGAACCUUUAUCAAACACUGCAGGUUUUGGGUUCACUGUGGUGUUCAGCAAGUAGCCUACCACUGGGGCAAUCAUAAACUGGAGAAUGGGUCACACAGAUCUAAUUUCAUCGGCAAGAAUGUCUUUGGAGGGGGGGCACCUUUUUUGUAGAAUGCUGAUCUGUUGAUUUCUGAGUCCUAUCUCUGUGCUGUUGUGCACAUGGAACAGUUUAUGAGCAGUUCAGUAUGCAUUAGUAUAAACCGCCAAAAUAGCAGUAACUUGCAUGAAAUGUGUGAAAGGGGUUAGUUUUCCUUCACCAGAGUAAUGAAGAGUUAUUAAAAACAAUAUCCUUGUAGGGAGGAAAUUUGUUGUACUGAAUAUUGUUUCAUAUUUAAUGAUGUAAAUCUAAGGAUGUUGGAAUUUUAAUUGGCUGUAAGUCAUUCCUACCUUUUCUAAGGCUCACUACAUUUCCUAUCUGCACUGUUAGUGGCAUAUCACAUGAUUACUUAUGUGAUUCUUCCCCAAAUAAAGUUGAGGGAGGAGGUGAUUGUAUUUGUAUCCAGAGUUGUAGGUCUCUGUAAAAGCCAGGGUCCCAGAUUUGAUUGGGGGCUCUAAACAGGUCCUAGCACAAUUUUAUAUUAAUUGCAUACUGCUUUCAGAAUGCUGGCUGGCCCUACCUUGAUCAGUAAGGACAUGGUUGCCAAUAGUAAGUACUUUGGUUCAGCCUCUGUACCAGAUGCAUCAUAAUAAGGAUUUUCCAUGUGUUAUGGGUUCAGGAAUUGAGCCUUUGGCAAUAUUCUUGAUAUUCCAAAGGCUUGAUUAAAAUGAUAGCACUGAAAGGCAGUUGGCACCUAAACAACAUGGCAGCAGCUCAGUUGGACAACUGUGACUAAUUACUUCAGAGUAUUCCUGUCAGUUCCGUAGGCCUUUUUAGACUGUGGUCUGUACAUUCCAGUUUUUUCUUAAUAUGCCCCAAAAGGAAAUUUGUGUGACUGCUGUGGAAACAUGUUUAUAGGAUGAUCCUUCCAUUACAAGAUGAUACCAGUAAUGUGGAUGACAAUGUCAUUGUUGUCUUACUUCUGACACUAACUGCUGAAGUCUAACCACAAGAGUAGCCAAAGGUCUCCUUCAGCCACAUGAACCUUGGAAGUAUUUAGGUUUGCUCUAGGAUGAAUCUUUACAAUAUAACUUGAAACGUUUUGUCUGAAUUCAGGCCUCCUGAACAUCUAAAAUGAGCUUUGUAUGUCUCACCAGGUUGUGCUGGAUUUAUCUUAAAUGUUUACCUUCCUGACAUACAAGCUCAUGGUAUCUAUAUGGAACUUCAUGCAAGUUUUCUGUUGCAUUAGUUUUUUUCCUACUUAUUGUAUGUGUGACUGUGCAUCUCAUGAAAGUGUUUCCAUCUCCUGGUAUUAUUCACAAGAUUUAGCCCAAGGUUCUUAAGCUGAGUGUUUAGAGCUGCUUGGGUGAUAUCCCUAAUUUUUUUUGUCUGCAGUAUGGUGGGGGUGGGGUAAGGAUGGGGUGUGUGAACUAUUUCUGAGUAAUUUUAUUCUCACCAGUUGCACUCAAAUGCAUGUAUAUUUAGAUUGGGCAGCAAAUGAAAAUGAUUGGUUUACACUUCUAUUAAGAGAAUUCUUAAUUAUUUAUAGUUACUAUUACUGAACUGACAAAUGCCAACAACUGAUAAAUUAUAUUUGGUAAAAUAAAGAAUACAUUUAUUUA